GAAUGAAGCACUUUUCAUUAUGUUCCAUCUCUUCUGGCUCCUCUGGCUCUCAACGGUUUGUGCCGCCGACUUCUACACCGCCGGAGUGGCAGAGUUUAGGCCAGCGAUAAUGGGCGGCAGUUCGGAGCAGCUGCUGGCUGACAAUCUGGCUGGCUACCUGGAGCUCAUAGCCUCGGCCAGUGGCAUGGCAGAUAUACUUGUCUUUCCGGAGGCCACACUCAACUCGGUGCUCCAGCUGACGGCUGUGCCGGAGCCCACAGAGCGUAGUUUGUGCGCGAAGCAGCCCGGCGAUGAUGAGUAUAUAGCACCGUUCCUACGACGCCUGGCCUGCGCCGCCCAAGAAGCCAACCUUUACCUGGUGAUCAAUGUCAAGGAGCGGGCUGCCGAGGUGGGUGAACCCUCCAGUCGUGGAUAUCUCAUGUACAACACCAAUGUGGUCUUCGAUCGCCAUGGAGCUGUGGUGUCACGUUACCGCAAAUGGAAUCUGUACUUGGAACCUUCGCUCAAUCGAACUAAGGUACCCCAUCUGGCCACAUUUUCUACAGAUUUUGGGGUGACCUUUGGUCACUUUGUCUGCUUCGACAUGCUCUUUUAUAAGCCUUCCCAGGAACUGGUGGAGCAACUGGGGAUACGUCAUGUGAUUGUUACCAAGAUGUUCAACUCGGAGCUGCCCUUUCUUACAGCUUCUCAAUUCCAGCAGGGUUGGGCCUGGGCAAAUCGAGUGAAUCUUCUGGCCGCCGGAGCAAGUCUUCCGCUGGCGGGGAUUAGUGGCAGCGGCAUCUAUGCAGCUCGGCAGGGCGCACUGGUGCGUCUCAUGGUCACGGAUCAGGCUGAUGGUGAAAGGAAGUUGCUACUAGCAACAGUGCCCAAAAAUCCAGACGUGGAAGAGCAGGAAGAGCAGUACCGGGAGACAGAGCAGUAUCCGGAGAAAGAGCAAUCUCCGAAGAAAGCAUCACCCAUGGUCCUGAAACUGCUGCAGCAGCCGGAGCUCCAGAAAUUCACCACCUGGGAGUUGCCCAUGGUGGCGGGCAGUUCAGUGGAGAAGCGACUUUGCCAGGCGGAUCUGUGCUGUGACUUCGAGGUGCAUUGGACCCUGGUGGGAUCCCCUCCUGGUGCUGCUCCUGCUUCUCCCACCUACCGCCUAGGGGUCUGGGUGGGCGAGAGGCGUUACGAAGAGGAGCAGUACAGCACCAUUCGACUCUGCGGGCUCUUUGCCUGCGGCAACUCCAGCGUGGAGAGCUGCGGCCUGGUCAGAGACUCCGAUGAUGACCAUGUUGAGUUCCAGCAUCUGAGCACGGGGGAGUUUGUACACAAGCCGAGGCGCUUGAUUAUGCCCAGCACUGUGACCAGAGGUCAUCUCUAUGCCCUGCAGCCUUCACAGUUCUCCUGGUCGCUGGAGGAGUCGGUGAACGCCACCCAGAUUGCAAUGGAGCUGCGACAGGUCCAUCGACAGCUGCUUACAUUCGCCAUUUACGGCAACUACUUCGAUGAACAUGCCAAAGGCGGAGGAGGGGAAAUAGUGGAUGCUCCGAAAUCCCAUUACCUGAUGCUGCUAAUGGCCAUGAUAACGAUGAUGCAUCUCAUCCGGGAGUGGUAGGGCUUAUUAGCCAGAAAUCGUAUCGAUCUCACAUUGAAUUAUGAACAGGGAUUGAGGGUUUUAGCAGGGGAUA